AUGCCUCCGGCCACCCCACAACAGCAGCAGCAGCACAAGGCUGAUGCCCGCUCGAGCACCCCCUACAACACGCGCGAUGCCGCCCUGAAGGGCGCGUCGCUGGCUUUUGGAAAGCCGCCCGUCAGACCCAAGCCGCCGCCGCAGACGUACAGCGGAAAUAAUGGUGCAUUGGCCGCCGCUCGGCAGUCGAGCACCCCUCAGCCCCAGCUGCUGCGACCACAGCACACCGGAACCAGCACCACCUCACAGGGCUCGCAUACCUCCGCCCUCGGCCUGCCGCAGCAGCCCCAAUCCGAUCGCGUGCUCUCGCCGUCUAUGAUAGCUGCAACCCGAGCAGCUGCCCGACACACGCCAGCCUCGGACGCCGCCCCGGACAAUACAAAGCGCAGGAGCAUGGUGGACGCCAACGGCUCCGACAACACGUCCAGCGACUCGCUGCCCGGGCCCGGCGCUGUGAGCGAUAUCAAAGCUAGGCUCAAUGCUGCUGGCGCAGUCCCGCUCACGGCCGACGCGAAGGCCCUGCCUUCCCGGACGAGCCGCUCUUCGUCACAAGCAUCCGACCCUACCGACGCGACGUCGAUCCAGCCCACGACCUCCCUGGUGAAGAUGUUUGAGCAGAACAAGGCCCAGCAAGCCGCCUCGCCAGCUGCAGCCCGCAGUCCCAAGCCUACUCCUAUUCUUACCUCGAAAGGAGGUCCUCCGCCGCUCAAAUCGCCAAAGCCGAUACGGAACAUCACGGUGCCUUUUGCUUCCCCAGAACAAUCGAAGCCAGACGUAUCCAGGCCACGUCCUGUGAGCGCCGGCAACAUUACUGCGAAGAAGCCAAAGCCUGCGCCUAAGCCAGCUCCCAAGCCAGCCAAAUUCCUGGGCGACACUCAACAGCAGACAUCUCCCCACGUCUCUCCCAAGGUGCCUCCGAAGCCCACAUUCGCAGCUACAACGCGCGAGAUCCCGCCGCCGACAAAAGAUGACUCCGAAGACGAAGAAGCUGCAUACAUGUCUGCCCCUGAGACGCAAGGAGACAGCCAUAACGCGAGGCCCAUCGUCCCACCCCCUCGCCGCGGCACCAAGAAAAUUCCCAACAAGGACGAAGCUCCUCCCCCCACCAUCGUGAAGGAGGCCCCCGAAACUACCGCACCACCACGCGUGGCCCACCUGCGCCGCCACUCCGCCGUCGAUGGUACCUCAUCCGCGCCACCUCCAGCAUCAGCAGGGGGCCGCCAGCUCCUCCCGCCCCCGCCCAUCAGCUCAACCUACAAACGCGAGUCCUUCAAGAAAAUCGAGCCGCACCUAACCGGCGAAUCCCUCGCCGACGCCAUGGUCGGCGCCGCGCUGGCCGGCUCGCGCGUCCCCACGCCCUCCACCACCGCCAAAUCCUCCUCCGCAACAUCCCCGCUCCCGCCUCCCCCGCGUCGCAGCGGCACCACCGGCCACGCUGCUCACCACCACCACCACGCCCACGCCCUCUUCCACGCCUCCCGCACCCCCUCCCCGCAAAAGAAGCCCGCCGGCAAACUCAUGCCCACCCUCCGCAAGGAACCCUCCGCCAGCGACUCCGACGACGAAGCCACCGACCCGCACGCCAAACACAAGCGCAAACGGCGCGGGCCGCUCCACCCCAAGCACCCAAACAAGCACGCCGAAGGCGCGCGCAAGCGCUGGCGCGACGCCAUCACGGAGCGCGAGCGCAAGCGGUACGAGGGCGUGUGGGCGGCGAACCGCGGGCUCCUCCUCUCGCGCCGCGACCUGCAUCCGGCCGUCACGCAGCACCCGAACACGGUGACGGCGGGCUUGCAGGACGAGGUCAGCGCGCUGGUGGUCAGGGACGUCUGGGGCAGGUCGAGGCUGCCGCCGCAUGUGUUGGAGGAGGUGUGGAAUCUGGUUGAUGGGCGGGGCGUGGGGAGGCUAAGGAGGGAGGAGUUUGUGGUGGGGAUGUGGUUGGUUGAUCAGGCGCUUAAGGGGAGGAAGGUCCCGGUUAAGGUGCAGGAGAGCGUGUGGGCGAGUGUGAGGGGGGCGGCGGGGGUGAGGGUUAGGAUAAGGUAG